AUGUCAGAGCUUUCUGAAGAUGAUAAUGACAUGCCCUCCCUCCCCUCGUUGUCUGAAUUCUCAGAGGACAAUGAUGGUGAAGUGCAUGAGGUCAUUACUGAUGGCAGGCUCGUGUUGCAAGCAGCAGCUGCCAUCAAAGUACUUGUCAAUGCAUGUCUGGCAAAAUACUGGGCAGACAAGGUGCCGGUCUAUAAGCUUCCAGGUGUCAACCUGCAGAAGCUGCAGAGCCGAACCAAGAAUGCACCAAAAGACAAAGAGCAGUCGGUGUUCAAUUGGACGUUGACAUGUGUGCGGGGGUAUACUGGAGUAUACAAGCACUAUGUGCAGCCCAGGCGGCAUAAGCUAGAGGGGAUGAGCGUUGUAUUUAACAAACACCAGUUAGUUAGUGCAACAUACUAUGAGAAUGAGGACACAAUAAAGCAUUAUGCAUUACAUCUUCGCGUAAACUGGCCAACUCUGGAAUGUCUGACUGGUGCCUAUCCUACAACGAUCAUAAACGCAUCCACCCAGUCGAUCUCUGAAAACUCUGGAAGGGAUGAUGCAAAAGCAAUCAAGAGGUCAAAGACAUUCAGGCGCUGGGAUGCAGAAGAUGAGAUACAGGAUUCUGAUCCAGAUGUCCUGGAGAGCCUCACUGUCGCAAUGAAGUUCCACAGGAUGGUGAAAGGUCAUAUAGCUGCAACAGGAGAAGCACAGGAUGCUGGUGUUCACGGCUUUGUGCAUGGCCUUGUGGAAAACACUCUUGUAAUUAGUCAUGUCAAUCAGAUCGCAGUGACGGAGCAGAGGGUGUUGUACCUCAAAGGUUGUUAUGAGAUCACCAAAUCACCAGAUCCCUUUAGACUCAGCCAAGACCCCGAAACUGGGAAAGAGAUGGCACAUGAAAUCGGUGCUUACAUCCAUGAUGCAUUUGCCAAGUUCUAG